AUGUCAUCCGGUAUCUGGCUCAAAAGCUGCUCGUCGAUGUCUUUAUCGCCGUCCUCCGACGCUCUCUCACUGAGUAUGGACUCUCUGCCCGCAGAGCUGCGUGGCGACCCAAGUGUGCUGCAGAGUACAGUGCCAGUGGACCCAUUUGUGAUGCAGGAGAGGCAGGAGUACACAUUCUAUGGGCUUGAGCAGGACGGAGCGCUGCGGCCUGGGGGCGAGGUGGCUCUAAUGACGCGAAGAACAAUUGGAUUAUUACUCAAUUACGUAGGCAUUGGCGCUCUGUAUGGAGGCAUCAACAGUCUCGUUGUGCCCUUCUUCAGCAACUAUCUUCACCUACAGCAAUACCAGGUCCGCGCGACUUCUACAGUUCUCAAUACGGCGUGGACUUUCAAGGCCUUUGGUGGAUUAUUGACUGAUAGUUUGAGGAUAUGUGGCUACAGACGGAAACCCUAUUUGGUGUUUGGCUGGUUAUUAUGCUGUGCGAGUCUACUGUACCUCGGAGCGUCCGGGAUGCCAAAAGCAGGAGAUACAUCCGCAGCGUGGAGGUAUUUGCUGUUUAUGACUCUGGGCACCAUCGGAUAUUUCCUAGCAAACGUGGCAGCAGAUGCCAUUGUGGUGGAGAUCGCACAGCGAGAGCCCCUACCAACAAGAGGACACGCGCAAGUGUCAAUCUACGCUGCCAGAAUGUCUGGAGCCAUUAUCAUGGACUUGUUCGUGACGGGCACGCUCAAUGGAGCGGCUUAUGGGGGUAGUUUUUCGUGGUCGCUGGAUUUAAACCAGGUUUUGUUGGUACUGGCAGCGUGCUCGUUGAUCCCAUUUGUGGGUUCUAUUUGGUUUUUGCAUGAAGACCCGACAGCUCAAACAGUACCCAUUCUCUCCUUCUCCGACGCUGUUUCGUGUCCUGUACCGCCACCACGCAACCAAACGAACACUGCUCCUCUUGACCCGCCGUUGAAUUUCAGAGAACGCUGCCAUCUCGUCUGGAGAUUGGUUCAAAGUCGUGUCAUGUGGCAACUGCUGAUGUUCGAACUCAUUGCCAGUUUUUGUUUGACGAUGGACUCGAAUGCCGUCCCAGCGAUUGAAGCGAACUGGGUGGACGUGGACCCUUGGCCGAAAGCGAUCUCGCUAGCGGCGUGGAGCUUGGCGUUCAUUGGAGGCUUGUUAGCGACUCGGCGCUACCUGUUGCGUGGAUCGUGGACCAAUCUCUAUUGUCUUGCGACUGUAUGGGUGCUAGGUGUCGAUGUUGUGACUGUAGCGUGUACAGUCUUCGAUGUGGUGAGGAGACGAAGUUUCUGGCUGUAUAUGCAGGUGCUUGCCGCUCCGGCUGUGGCUCUGCGGUUCAUUGUUCAGUUGUUCCCGAUUGUGGAGCUUGCCCCGCGUGGAAUUGAGGGGACAACGUACGGCCUGGUGAUCACUUUUCGAAAUAUGGCUAUUCCUUUGGGCACGACAGCAUAUAAAGCCAUUAAUUCGCACUUCUCGGUCUCGGACGAGGACGUGCAUCGUGACUCGGAUUCCACAAGACUGCAGGUUACUUACACAUACCUUAUUGCAUGGACCUUCCAGCUCAUGAGUCUCGCUUUCAUCGGACUGCUUCCUUGUCAGAAACUCGACGUGCAACAGCUGCGUUAUUAUGGAGGCUAUAGUGCGUCGGGAGGGUGGCUUGUCGUCGCUGUGCUUUUCAGUGUGCUUACUUAUGUGAACACUGCGAACGUCUUGACCCUGUUUGAGAGUACUGCUUGUCUUCGGAUGGCUGGCGGCACAGGAUGCGGGAGGUGA